AUGAAUAACAUACAUCUAAGUCUUGUGUUGGUAGUUAUUUUGUCAAUUUCAGUGUAUCCUAUAGUCGGCAAGGACGUUCGACAGCAAAAUGAAUCAUUUAAAUUAUUUAAUAAACAACAUAGAUCAGUUGGACAACAAGAGGAUGUUGUUCCACAAGGACGCAUUACUAGCGCGGUGCUGAAUAAUUUGCUUGCGCUUAAAACCACUUCAACUACUACAACAACUGCUGCACCAACGACGACUACUGUAACUCCUACAACUCCAACUACAACUACUACAUCACCAACCACAAGCCCAACAACGCCGACUGCUACUGCUACCCCCCCUGCUACUACUCCCCCUGCUACUCCACCUGCCACAACAGGAUCUAGAGCUUACACGCCAGAUGAAUUCGAUUUAGAUGGUAAUAGCAGCGAUGACGAAGAUGACAUUGAAGACGAUAAUGAUUAUUUGAGCACUUUGAGCUACACUACUCCACAAGAUGAAAGCGAUCCUGAGAAAAACAUUAAUGAUGAUGAAAUAAGUGAUAGUAGCACAGCAAAUAGUGAUGAAGAUGAAAAUGAUGAUGAUAAUUAUGAUGAAGGACGUGCUGCUCGCGCUCGUCCAAAUGAUUUUCAGCGUUAUAUUAGACGGCAGCAACGCAUUGAACGCCAACGGCGCCAACGUCAACAAAAAUUAAAUAGACAUCGUCAGCAACAAAGAAAGCAAUUAGAAGCACGAAAACGAGCAGAAAAUGAAAGGCGAAGGAACCAACAAGUAAGAUUAUCAAAUAGAAAUAGAAUCCGCAGGCAAAAUGAAAGAAACCGUUUGAAUAAAAGACUUCGUACCCAAAAACAAAAUAGAUAUAGAAAUCAACAAAAACGACUUAGAACAAUGCAACGCCGAAGACAAAAACAACGCUUAAACAGGAUACGUCAAAAACAACGUAACUGGCGAAGACGUCAAUCUCAGAGACAAAGAAGACGUACUCAAGCAAACAAUCGCAGACGUUUGAGAAACCUGAGAAACCGAAGAGGACAUGCAAAAAACAUAUAUGAUGAUAAUCGUUCAUACAAACUGUUUGAAAAAGAACAUCAAUCUGUUGGACGUUUUGAAAAUAUCGGUGCUCAAGGUCGUGUAACCAGUGGAGUUCUAAAUUCUCUGUUGGCAUUAAAAGGCACCACAACUACCACUACAGCUGCUGCUGCUCCAACAACAACCACAGUAACCACUUCACCAACAACAACAGCACCAACUUCCACCACUAGCACAUCUCCCACGACAACUGCUCCAACCACAACUGCUCCAACAACAACUUCUCCGACAACAGCAACUUCUCCAACAGCAACUUCUCCAACAACAGCAGCUCCUACAACUGGAAGUCCAACAGCACCUACAGCAUUUUUCCGUACAUCCUUAAAUUUUGAUACAAAUACUUUAGAUAAUGAUAUUUUUGAUGAUAACACCAUCGCCGAAAUCGAUGAUGAUGACGAUACUGAUGAUGCCAGCGAUGAUAUUGUAUUACAAAAUGAAAACAAUGACCUUGAUAAUGACGAUGAUAGCGAGGAUUCAGAAGAAGAUACUAAUCUAUACUUAUUGAAUGAAGAUGAAGACAUUGGUCGAGCUGCAAGAACUCGUCCCUCACAAUUUCAGCGUUACAUUCAAGCUCAACGCCGUCUUGAAUCACUUCGGCGCCAACAUCAACAACAAAUACGGCAACGAAAUCAACAACGCAGAAACCAAGAAAUAAGAAGACGUGAGCAAAAUUUAAAAAAUCGUAGAAUAGCAAAUCAAAAUAGAAUACGUCGUGUGAACAACAAAAAUCGUGAAAGAAACGUAAGGCGCAAUCGUCAGCAGAUAAGAUAUAGAAAUCAACAAAAACGUCGCCAACAACGUUACCGACGAAAGCAAUUACAACGUCUAAGAAGGAUGCGUCAAAGGCAACAAAUGAGACACCGUAGACAACAAAGAAGACAAAGAUUAAGAACCCAAGCCAACAACCGAAGGCGACUCAGGCGCAUUCGAAAUAGUGGACGUUCAAAACGUAUUAUAAGAAUGAACGUAUUAUAA